CUAAAUUAAAUGUCCGAAGCACAGUCAUCGUUGUUACUAAAGAAGCAAUUAGCAGAGUUGAGCAAAAACCCAGUCGAAGGAUUCUCGGCGGGCCUAGUUGAUGAUAAUGAUAUUUACAAAUGGGAAGUUCUCAUCAUCGGACCUCCAGAAACGUUGUAUGAAGGUGGAUUUUUCAAAGCUCAUUUAGAUUUCCCUAAAGAAUACCCGCUGAGACCGCCGAAAAUGAGAUUUGUGACCGAGAUCUGGCAUCCUAAUAUCGAAAAAAACGGUGAUGUAUGCAUAUCGAUUCUCCACGAACCUGGUGACGAUAAAUGGGGAUAUGAAAAAGCAUCAGAACGCUGGUUACCUGUGCACACGGUCGAAACUAUUUUAAUCUCAGUGAUUUCUAUGUUGGCUGAUCCGAAUGAUGAAAGUCCGGCCAAUGUGGAUGCAGCAAAAGAAUGGCGGGAAUCUUACACGGAAUUCAAAAGAAAAGUAGCAAGAUGUGUCCGGAAAAGCCAAGAAGAUUGCACCUGA